AUGCCUGUCUUCACUGAAUUCGCCGCUUCGUCGCGCGAACUGCGCGUCUUGCCUUCCUUUGAUCCUCCUCUCCCCCGUCUCUCCCCGCCAUUCACACGCAGCAAUGAUCCCGAGAAAUACGAGGUGGUCGUCGUCGGCGCCGGUCCGGCAGGCCUCAUGCUGAACUUGCUGCUGGCGCGAUAUGGACUCAGCGACGACUCCCUACUCUGCAUUGACGCAAAGCCUGGCACGCUCAAAUCGGGCCAGGCGGAUGGCCUGCAACCCCGCACGCUGGAAGUGCUCAAAUCACUCGGUAUCUCCGAUGAGAUCAUCAACGAUGGGUGUCACAUGGAAGAGGUUGCCUUCUGGAACCCGUCAGACGACAAGGAGAAGGUGAUCGAGCGGACAUCGAUUGUCCCGGACGUGGCAGUACCUGCCCGGUUUCAACACGAAGUCACAAUCCACCAGGGCCGUAUCGAGCGCAUUCUGGAGACAGAUCUGCUCCGGUAUUCAAAACGCGGGGUGCAGCGGAACACCAAGCUGCUGAACGUAAAGAUCGACGAGGCGGGGGAUGCCGAGUUCCCUGUCGUAGCCGAGAUCGAGGCCGACGGGGUCCGUCGCACAGUACGCUCGAAGCACCUGGUGGGUGCGGACGGUGCUCACUCUGUCGUCCGGCGCUGCAUGAAUCUGGAGCUGGUGGGCGAGUCAAUGGAUCACAUCUGGGGCGUUGUUGACCUGGUCAUUGACACGGACUUCCCUGAUAUCCGAAGACAUUGUGCUAUUCACUCGCCGGCGGGAUCGGUCAUGGUCAUCCCGCGGGAGCGCAUCGCAACCGGGGACUAUUUGACCCGUCUGUAUGUCCAGGUCCCGAAGGAGACUGCCCCCGAAGACGAUCAGCAGCCAGUCGAUGGGAUGGGUAGCCAGUCCAAGGAGGAUGCGCGCGCACGCAGGAGCAAGGUCACGCAGGAGUCCAUUUUUCGUCAUGCCGCAGAGGCGUUCAAACCGUACUAUAUCCGUCCCAAGACAGAAGGGGCUAUCGAUUGGUGGGCUGCGUAUCAGAUUGGACAGAGAGUCACGAAUCAUUUCGCGGUCAAGGACUCGCGGGGGGUAAGUCGUGUGUUCAUUGCAGGAGAUGCUUGUCAUACACAUAGUCCAAAGGCUGGCCAAGGAAUGAACGUGUCGAUGAUGGACUCCUACAACUUGGCCUGGAAGCUGGUCCAUUCGCUACACGGGCUCACCCCAGAUUCCGCUGUCCCAGGACGACCCGAUGCCAUUGUUGAUACAUAUCAUUUCGAGCGCCACACGAUCGCCCAGCAACUCAUCGACUUUGACCGUGCCUAUUCAUCCAUGUUCUCUGGCAAGAUCGGCCCAUCCGAGGACGGUGUUGAGGGGCUUACGCACGACCAGUUCCUCAAGGUGUUCAGCACAGGCAACGGAUUCACCAGCGGCUGCGGUAUCGAGUAUCCCGACGGUCUGAUUGUUGACAAGGUUCUGGACGACAAGAACCCCAUCACUGGCACCGACUAUCUAGCUGGCGUCCUCCGGCCAGGUAGGAGACUGCUGGACGUACGGUGCAAGCGCCACGCAGACGGGAAUAGACGUCACUUGCAAGAUGACUUCCUGUCCACAGGCCGCUUCCGCAUCCUUUGUCUCACUUCCUCUGACCUCUUGGAUCCCAAGGGUGUCUCCGCCCACACAUUGACCACUCUCGGGUCCACUGUGCUCCCACGGUUCCCGCCGUCUAGCAUCGAGCAGGUAGUCAUCCACCCUCGCCUAUCCAGGACGUUCAUGUGGAAUGAUCUGCCGAGUGAGGUCAAGAAACAUUCGGAGAUGAAAUUCCACAACGGUUAUGAGCUGGAUGACGUGUACAAGAUCUACGGUGUAGAUGGAUCCCAGGGUGCGUUGGCUGUUAUCCGACCAGAUGGGUAUGUCGGUGUAGUUGCAGCGCUGGACGAUGUAAGGAGGGUUGAGAGAUAUCUAGAAGGAUGCUUGAGGACUGUUUAG